UACUACUUAAGAUAUCGUGAAAAUGGCGUCUCCUCAACGCAUCGAAUUAACUCAGCUUUCGUUACCUCAGCUGGAAGACUUGAAAGCACAAAUUGAUGAGGAAAUUAGAAUUUUAUCUGAAUCUUUAACCCAAUUAAAGAUUGCACAGCAAAAGUUUGUUGAAUCAAAAGAAGCUGUAAAGAAACUUGCUGUGAAAAAAGGCAGUGACAUUUUAGUUCCAUUAAGUGCAUCAUUGUAUGUUCCUGGUCAGUUGGAUAGUUCCAGCAACGUUUUAGUAGACAUUGGUACUGGUUAUUUUGCAAGCAAGUCAUUAGAAGGAGCAGAACAAUACUUUGGACGGAAAAUUAACUAUCUUACAGAGCAAAUGGAAAAGGUUCAACCAGGUCUUGUAGAAAAACAUAGAAUACGACAAGCAAUAAUUGAAACGAUCUCUGCGAAAGUAAGAAUGCAGAUGUCAUCUCAAACGACGCUCGCGAAAGCAUAGACACGUCAACAAACUCUUAAUUCCACAUUUUUCAUUUCAACACGUCAUUGUGCUGUCAAUAUGACGUAUUUCUUGAUACCUGUAUGAUUAAAUGCUAUUUUGCGGAUAAA